CAAGCAGUGUGUUCAUAUCCCCAGCUACAAUGGUUGAUCAGAAGAUGUUUAGGAGGUCGAUUAUGAAAUCCAGUAAGAGUACAUCAGCUUUACCAUCAGCAACUCUAAACAUGGGUGAGCCAUCUGGGCUUAACUUGUCGAGUGUGGGUGAGAGCUUUAUCCACGACUCUCCCAUCACUCCUAGAAUAAUGAACAUCCAAAAUACCAUACCUGAUUCUCCUGUGCUCUCUGGCUUUAGUCUUCCAAGUGAAGAUGGCAAAGUGAAAUCAGAAGAACAACGGGCAGAGAACUGUAACCCAGUACCUCAUUCACCUUUUUUUCAACAAACCCCUGAAAAGAGUGAAUCUGUUGAACCUAAAAGCCUAACUAAAGACUUUGGGUUUGUUAGCAUGACUGAAGGAUGUGGUAUUAAUACUUUCAAUGUCACAAGAAACUCGGGCGUGAACCUUGAUAAAACGGAAUUGUUAGAGGACAUUCAGCCUAUUGACUGCUCAAUUAAUGCUACAUUUGCUAUAACACCAGCAAAGAGUCUCAAUACAACAGUUGAUAUACCUACAUGUCUUCCAAGCUUAAAUACUACAAUGGAUAUGCCAGGAAGGCUUCCAACUUUAAACACCACAAUUGAUAUGUCUGCAAAUGCUGCAGGCUUGAAUACUACAGUUGAUUUACCAACCAAGAGUGUCACUGUGGAAAAAUCUACACUGGGAACACUGAGUACAGCCAUUAACAUAUCUACCCUACAGUCUGUUUUAAACACUACCCUUGAAGUUUCAAAGCCUUCACUUGUUACUACCUCUGUUGGAUCAGGUUCUAAUCCAUCCUUGAUAAGGACUACAAGCAAGCCUAAUCUGCAUUCCACCAUGACCUCUCAGCCUUCACUUUUGAAUACAACAGUUGACAUAUCCUCCAAGCCAUCCUUUUUGAAUACAACAAUUGAUAUGACCUCCAAGCCAUCACUUCCAAAUGCUACUGUUGGUCUUACUUCAAAUCCAGCCUUGAAUACUACUAUGGAUAUAGUGUCAAAACCAUGUGGAAGUAAUGCUGGUGAAGCUUCUAAUUCUUGUACUACAAGUACUGAGAGUUCAAUAAAACCUGUGAUAUCCCUCAAGUUGGAGGUGCCAACAAUUCAGUCUAGUAUGUACAACCAAAAUGCUGUAGAUAAAAUAAAACCAUUUGGGGAGACUUAUGCAAAGCUACCAAAUAUGAAUAUCCCAAAUGAUGCCAUAUCGCUUCCUGAACCAGUAACUUUGAAAACAACCUCAGAAAGUUAUUUACCUCUAAUUUGGACUCUACAUUUUGCGUAGAAGACGACCAAGGAAAACCUAAGGACACAAUUGGAGCAAGUCUAGGUUGCAGUUUUGAAACUUUAAAAUCGCCAGUGCUAAGUAGUAACCAGUUGAGAAGGAUGACAUUUGAGGUACAGCAGCACAGCCCUCUCAUCAAGCCUGUGGAAGUACAACCAGCCAGUGAAAUUCUCAUGCCUCCACCUACAAAGACUGUCAAGGGGAUCUUAAAGAAGACACCACAGAAAACGCCUACACGUGGUACCACACCAGGGAAAGGGACGAUUAUAGGCAGGGGCUUUGGCAAAACUACCACACCUGGGAAAAACAUCACACCUGGCAAAAGUCAAAUCUCAGGGAUGAAGAAGAGCCUGA